CUGAACAAGGCUUUCCAGGCAGAGGAGUCUCCAAGCGUCAUCUACUGUAUCAGCAUGCAGUGGUUCCGGGAGUGGGAAGCCUUUGUCAAGGGGAAGGAUAACGGUAAGAAGCCGGAGUCUCGCGGCUCUGUCAGGGAGCCUCCCGGGCCCAUCGACAACAGCAGGAUUGCACUCACGAAGGCAGGUGGCCACGUGCAAGUCAAGCAGGGCGCCGAUUACGGGCAGAUUUCCGAGGAGACGUGGCUUUAUUUAAGCACGCUGUACGGUGGGGGCCCAGAGAUUGCCAUCAGGCAGAACGUGACCCAGGUCCAAGAACUGGAAAACCUACACGGGGAGCAGAAGAUCGAAGCGGAGACGCGGGCUGUGUGA